AUGGCAUAUGAAACCCAGCUUACGACCGUGACGAGCGAGAAUUCACCCACAAACGGGAAAAAGACGCAAAUCUCAGAUGGUUUCAUCAGCUCCUCUGGUCCCUCAAAGCACAAAGCCCCACUUCCGUCUUUCCCGAACUCUCAGAGUACACCAUACGGCAAAACUCAUGCCGGGGAGGUGCGAAGAAGGACGGAUCGGCAAACAACUCCUCUUCCUGCACCGGGAACAGGACAGUCGAGUGGCGGAAACUCCACAAAUGGCUUUCCUCGGAGGCAACGGCGACUGAACGGGUCAGGCAACGGGGGCUACAAUAGUGGCUCAGACUCCGACGACGAUCGCAAACCGCACAAACGUUACGACGACGGGGAUGAUGAUAUCGGAAUAACCAGUCGACAGAAGCGGCCAGCUCACCCUUCCCCGCACUAUGUGGAAGCUUCAAGCAGUUCACCUCCAGCGGGCUAUGAGGAGGAAGAAGAAGAGCGCAUUCACCGCUCGAUGCAACAGAUCCUGGCCCUUGUCGAGAAAGAGAUGACGUAUUAUGCUUCUCGACAGACGCAACAAACUCAGAUAGCUGAAUUGGUUCGUUCAAUGCCACCUGGCACACGGCCCGGUGCCAUCAGGUCGGAAACAUACGAUUCCAUGCUCGAGUACCUUGAACUAUUUAGGGAAAUAGCCAUCGAAAGCAAUACAACGGCACUCAUGAGACAGCAGACAAACCUGCCUUCCGUGACCGAGAAAGCAAGCCAUUGGAUUCGCAGAGAAUUUUCUGACAUGGUACGAGAUAAUAAAGUUAUCUUCAAGUUUGUGCAGCUAUCUAAAGAUCCCCCUUAUCUCGUGGAUCUCCCCGGCUUCGAUGGGCGCUUCAAGUCUUAUUUACCCACUGUUCUCCGAGUCCUAGUUAAACAGAACACGCCAAGAUUUGCAGAGAUUGUGAGCUGGCAAUUUCUUCGAGAUCUUGGAUGGUGGUUUUGCUUCGAUACUGGAACUUGGUGUCACAAUCAUGUGGAACAACAAAAUAAGUUUUCAGGGCCCAUUAUUUGUCACAUGGAGAUUACAGGAAAUAUCACGAAGAUAUGGGAGGUUACAGACGCAGAUGAGGAUACCGGUUACCAACGUUAUAUUGGGAAAAUUGGUAAAACAAAGGGCACGGUUAAAGUCCCAUAG